GAGACAGACAGCCUCACCGCAGACAGCCCUCGCUCUCAUCCACACCUCUUUAAGGUUUAUUUAUUUUUUCCGCGACGGAAAGUCCACUUCGGUUUUUGUGUGAAGCUCCAAAAAUCUAUGAAAUGUGUUUGCAUGUUCUUCUCCGGGCGCGAGGAUGUGGAGGUGGGAUAGAGAGACGCGAGAGGCUGGAGGAGCGCACUCGGACAAAGUGCGUUCUGCGUGUGUCUGCCGGUGUUUGGGCUUUAUUGAAGGAAACAGCGAGCAUUAUUCAGUCUGGGAUUCUCAGGCCUUAGUGAACGGAUCCGUGAGAUGUUCUUGAGGCUCGACUAGUGUGGACCGCCGCUCCAGUGGUCUGAUUCUCCAGCUGUGCUCGCGUCAAUCUCGUCUUGGCUCCGGUCUUUGUAGGAACGUUGCAACUCUAUCCCCUGUUCAUCCUAAGCUCCCUCAUCUCCCUCUCCCUCCCCCUCACGCCGUGGCCCAUGUCUGCCAGCGGAGGGUCCAUGGAGGGAAGUCGAGCCGUCGAGGAUGAGGAGGCGCAGGACAGCUGCUGCGGGGACGAAGACUCAUCCCCGGUGGUGGAACGGAGAAACCGCAGCGGCAUCAUCAGCGCCCCCCUCAGCAAAAGCCUGAAGCGCUCUCGUGCUCUCUCGCAGUACAUUGCGACGUGCUCGGCCGCCGCCGUGGCCAGCGUCGCCAACGCUAACAGACUCGCCCAGAGCUCAAUGGUGGCGGCGGGCGUCAAAGCUCACCCCACCGCCAGCCAGCACAGGUCACAAGUCGGGUACGCCAAACUGGACCGGGGUGCGUUAGUGUCCGGUCUUCUGGACUCUCCGAGCGGCCUGCAUCUUGCCCAGGCCGCUGAGCUCCUGCGACGGGCGGGGAUGCUGCUACCCGUCAAUGACCCAUCUAAUGUUAGUGUGGGCGGGGACAUGGAGACGGUCUCGGCUUCUGAUUCGCUGGGCAGUGUGAUGGACUUCCCGUUGCUUGGCAACGGCGGAGUGGGCGGGAGUUUUCCCUAUCACCCAGGGCUGUUCAUUAUGACGCCGGCAGGAGUGUUCCUUGCCGACGGGGCGCUCUCUCACGUGACGGGCGCGUCGGAACACCAGCAGACGCAGAGCGAGAUUUCGUCAGCCAUCAGCGCCAACGGGAAGAAGAAGCGGAAGCGAUGUGGCCUGUGUCCACCUUGUCGGCGCAGGAUUAACUGCGAACAGUGCAGCAGCUGCCGCAACCGCAAAACCGGCCAUCAGAUCUGCAAGUUCCGCAAGUGCGAAGAGCUCAAAAAGAAACCUGCUGGCGGGCUGGAGGUAAGAUGAAGGUGAUGCUGCCAACCGGAGCUCCUUUCCGAUGGUUUCCGUAGGGCAGCUGGACCCUCCCCCCCACGACUUCCAUCCCAUAAUGAAGGACUCCCGACGGACGCCGACGCCACUCCCACUCGGAAAGCCGUGGCGCUUGUAAACACUGGGUGCAAACAAACAAAUAAAACAAAUGAAGAGCGGAAUGAAAGCACUAUUUGAGAACGAACAUGUCCUGAACCAAAAAUAAACAGUGAAUGGCGGAAUGUCAUUCCGUUUUUCUUUUUUUUUUCCUCCGUUCCAUUUCGGAACCAUCUGAGUUCUACUUCGGAAUCUUGCCCUUUAUUGGAUGCUCUGGAACUAUUUGCCGCCAAAUGGAAAACGGACAAUCAUUUUUAUUUGUGUGUUUAGUGGUUUUGUUUGUCCAUGUGUGGAGAAAUGCCGUAAUUUCGUUUAGAGAAUGUAAUCCCAAGGCUCUGUUUUAAAGCUUGUGAUAAUUAAGGAGCACUAUUGUAAUUUAGCACAGUGGUUCUUACUGACUGCCUCAAUGUUACGAAUGCCUUUUUUUGUUAAGGUUUUUGUUUGUUUGUUUUUUGAUUUGUCAUUCGGUUUUCAAGUCGCUCAAUAUUUCAUACGAAGGCAGCCGUGAAAAACGCUCUAAUGUAGCAUCCCUUGCUUGAAAGGUCCUUUCGGGUUUGACGUUCCGGUUGUUUGUUUUUAAAAUGCCGAGGCCUGCUGGGAUUGGAGGGAAGGCGAAGCUGAUGGAACUACACUAUGUAGACCAGCUAUGCGUAGGACCCGCCUCCUUUUCUCUUGUAGCCUUAUGGGAUUGGUCAGAUGGAAGACAUGGUCCCUCAGCAGACCAGGACCUUCAAAAUUCAGGAAAUUAUUGAUGUGUUCUGAUAAUAUUUCUAUGAUUAGGAUGUUUCAUUGCUGAAUUACCCCAAGACCUGAGUUCCAGUUCACCGUUAAGUUCUUUUCACAUGAUUUGCGUCAUAGUGUGAAGCGGCAAGCUUUGUCUACAAUUGUUGUUGAUGCUCAAAGUUCAGACUAUUUCAAACUUAAACCGCAUGUGUGACCCUGGAGCACAAAGCCAGUCUAAAGUAGCAUGGGAAUAUUUGUAGCAAUAGCCAAAAAUACGCUGUAUGUGUCAAAAUUACCGAUAUUCAUUUUAUGCCAAAAAUCAUUAGGAUGUUAAGUAAAGAUACUUUGUAAAUUUCCUACCUAUUUUUGAUUAGUAAUGUGCAUUGCUAAGAACUUUUAAAGGUGAUUUUCUCAAUAUUUAGAUUUUUUUUGCCCCCUCAGAUUCUAGAUUUUCUUUUAAAUCAUAUCUCGGCCAUACAUCAAUGGAAAGCUUGUUUAUUUAGCUUUCAGACGAUUUGAAAAAUUGAUCCUUAUGACUGGUUUUGUGUUCACCUUGAGUUACGACACGUACAACAAAAGUUUCAUCAACUUAUUCGACAAGCGAUUUCCUUUUCUGAGCUCACACACGUUU